GAGUGCUGGACUGCUUGGACAGUGGUCAGCUUUUGAGAAAUACAUCGACCUAAUUAGUCCUGAUAGCUGGACUUGGAGAGGGGUUUCAACUUGAAUAUUUUUGCCACACCAAACUAGGAGGAUCCUUUACGAUGGGCUACGAUGUUGAUCGUUUUGUGGGUUCCAUCAAUGAGGGACUGCUGUGCUGCAUUUGCCGAGAUGUUCUUGAGGACCCCCUACAGGCGCCAUGUGAGCAUGCCUACUGCGCCACCUGCAUCCACGGCUGGCUUGUCCACGAGGAGAUCUGUCCAGAAGAUCGGCAGCCCCUGACUCAGGACCAGCUGCGACCAAUAUUCCGCUACAUGAGGAACGAUCUGAACCAGUUGAGGCUACGCUGCGUCAACCGGGACGCCGGCUGCGAGGAGCAAGUCAGCCUGGAGAACCUGAGCCGACACGAGGCGGGCUGCGGCUACGGCAAAGUCCACUGCCCCAACGCCCACUGCCGGGUAGAACUGGAGAGGCGUGGUUUGGAGUCCCAUCUCCUAGUUUGCGAGCACCGCACUCGGGUCUGCCCGCUCGGCUGCGGUCUGACCGUUCUGAACUCGGAGGUUGACUCCCACAACUGCGUGGCUGAGUUGCGGACUGAGCUGGAACUGCUUCGCUCGGAGAUGAUUGGCCGGAGCGAAGACCAGAAGCAUGAGAUGAAACUCAGGCUCGACUCGCAGCGGACGCACAUGGUGCACAAAAUCAGUGAGAUGCAGCAACAGAUGGAUGAACUCAAAAGGCAAGUGGAGCACUUGCAGCACGACGUCCGGCUCCUGAGCGCCUUAGAGAGAAAGCGGGGGCAAGAUAUGGAGCGCCUGGAACUGGAGAAGAAAGAACUCCUGGAGGUCCUGAAGGCACUCAAGGAGGAACACGAACUGGCCAAGGCUAACACGUGUCGGAUAACAGCUCUCUAAGCGGCAAAGGGAGCGGAAGUUGAUCAAUGCAUUCUGCUUACAGCUUUUACGUAUUGUAGAUUAUUGCCGACCACAUGUAAGCAGAUCUGGAUGCUGGCAUGUUCAGAUAUGGUACGUCAGCCGGGAGCUUAGCACUGGAAUUUACAACGUGGCAUUUUUUAUGUUGGAGCGCUGUGAAAUUGGGCACUGGAAAGGCAAUUCUGCUAUUUGUGUCUUGGAGCAGGAUACUUUACAGCAAUAUUUGGCAGAGCCAUGUUUAGCAGAGAGCUAUAUUGUAAGUUCUGGAGUGCAAAAAAUGAAGAUUGAUGGUUUUAUCAAAGUUUUUGCACAAACCAGUGGAUAAGGCCACAAAAAAAUAUGUCAUGCUCUUCAUUGGUCAACAUAUCAAGGUCAGUGCAACAAAUCAUAGCUUUGUUUUUUAGGGCAAUGAAAUGCUUUUUAACCAUAUGGGCAAUCCCAGCAUUACAAAAGGAAGUGUAACAUUCGCAAUAGAGGCAAGUAACCAUGAUAUCUAAUUAAGGAUUCAGCGAAAUGAUCCAAAACUCCUAGUCUGUUAUCUCCUUGACCACUAUAACUUGAUGAUGGAUGUACAAGAUUUGAAAAAAAUAUAUUUUCAGGUUUUUUCACUGAGCUCUUAAAAAGCUCUUUCACAGACAUUACAAAAUGCUGGAAUUUCCCAUGAGCGAAUUUUGAGAGGUGCUGGCCAAUUCGUUGUUACGAAAAAACUAUUUAAAAAAUGCUAGGCAGAAUUAUAUUGACAACUGUUUUGUGACCGUAUACAAACAGCCAUCUUAAAAGCCAUGAUCAUUUUCGUCCAAGUUGUUAAAAAAUAAAUAAAAAUGUUGUAGAUUGUUAAACACUGUGAAGCUGUGCAACAAAAUUGUAAUGCACUGUUUCUUGGAAUAAGCUGCAGAUGAUAAUAAUUGAGUGGUUUUAAUCAGUAGGUGCUAAAAUCAAUGCCAAAUUAACGUUUUACACGUAGAUGUUUAUUAACACAUUGGUGCCCUUUCUACUUAUGAUUUUAUGGAACAAUGAAUUUUGUGAGUUUGUGUGUGUAGUCAAAUAAUCAGUGCUGACUAUUCCGUAAUUUGUAAAACUGCUUCGUAUUCGAAACCUGAAAGAAUGACUUAUGUAUUCAUAUCAGAUUGUUUACUAUCUGCAUUCUUUCUUUAGUGAUGUGCUUGUGCAGGUUCUUAAAAAAUUACUGGAUUCCACAAA